UCCUGAGGAAUUUGAGGUGUGCAUGGUCAUUAACAUAUCUUUUGUUUCCAAGGGGGAGGAGAGGUCUGCGGUGUGAAUUCGUCAUUACAAUGUGUGACAAGCUUGAUAGGAAAUUCCUGUGUUCAGUGUUUUGUCCAUCUGAGUACCUUGAAAACUCUUUGCAUGCAUUUUUCAUAAUGAAAAAAAGGCUCUGGACAGCAUCAGGAACUGGAAGAGUCAAAAAAAAAAAAAAUUUGCAAAUGCUUAUCAGCGCGUUUUCCUGCGUUUACAAGCAUUUUGCGUUUGAAAUGUUGAUAAAAAAAAUUGACUGCUGAACGCAAGUUUUCUGCAU